CUACCUUUGCUUAUAACGACUUAGUAGACAUAAUUUAUUAUACUCAAUUCAAAAGUGAAGAUGUUGUAAAGAACAUUAGACAAUUCAGAAAAUAUAGGCAAAGACUGCCUCUACUUAAAAUUAAAUUACAUCAAAUUCAUAUUUCUAAUAAAAAAACACUAUCUAUUUCAAAAGACACUAAAAAGGC